CUUCCGCAUCGACUCCCUCCCCCCAACCGAUCCCGUCUCCGUCAAUACCCGAUCAGUCCCGAUCAGUCCCCGAUCAGUCCCCGUCUCCAACCCACUUGCUUCUCCAGUCGAUCGUGCCCUCCAUGAUCACCGCCGAGCCCAUCGAACUCAUUGCCGCCAGUCGCCAGGCCGACGGCUCCGAGCAGCUCUCUGCCAGGGUCCUCCUUGAGGCCGAUCUCCCCAGCGACGACGAGUGCGAUCCAGACUUUGUCGUCGCCGAGGCCGAUCAAGACGAGGACGAGGACCUCGAAGACGCCGACGACGUUUUCGACUCUGUUCCGAGGGCCGCGCAUCCCCACGCGGCCGAUACCGAUGAUGCCGAGAUCGACGAAAUCGAUCCUUCCGAGAUCAACGACAUUGUCACCGAGAGUCUUGCCCUGCAGAGCGGCACGGUGCUCAGAAGCGGCAAGUCCUUCACAUCCCACAAGCCUCGCACCAUUCUUGACGAGUUUGAAAUCGAUGACGACGAAGAUCACGACGACGACUAUGUGAUUGACGCCGACGAGGACGAAAGCGAGGACGACGACGUGGGCUCGGACGCCAGUUCUGAAGCCGAUGAUCUUGAUGACAGCAACGAUGUCGACAAAGAAGAGGUCCAGGAUAUCAUCCACGGCCACCCCAACAUGGGCGACAAGUCCGUCAAUCUGUUCAAAAAUGCCAAGGUUCUGCGCGAUGGCAAGGAGAUUGCCUCAUCCGCCGAAAUCAGCGAUCUCGCUUCUCGUAUCCAAGAGCUGAUGCAGCCCCGUUCGACUGAAUACGGCCAGCUUUGAAACACCGUUUACAAGUGCCCACUCCGAACCUCACUCUUUCUUGCUCCCGCUGCUUGAUUCUUGUAUCCUUAUGCACCAACCGAGCUCCUGUCGUCGUCAUUCCCACUUGGUUCGUUCA